CGUUGCCUUUGACCAAGCCGGAAAAUCCCGGUUUCAUUCCGCAAGCUGUCAGCCUGUAAUGCCCAAGAAACCCGUAUUCAGACUUCCAAAAUCUCGAGAUUCCCCGCGGGACGACCGUAUGAAUAAGAUUCUCACGGAAGAUCUAUCACCGGUUUGUUUUUUCUCGAAAUUUAUUUACAUUAUUAUUUCCAUAACAUUUAUGGCCUGCACAUCCUAAUCCAAUUUAGUCGAAUACAUGAACCGAAGUUGUCUUCUAAUUUGCGGGAAAACUCAUUGCUUUAUCAUCAAGACCGAGUUUCCUUGCUCAAUGGUGAAAAAGUUGCCUUCAUUGCGGGUAUUUUGACUUGCGAUGAUGAUCCGCGUUUUUUUUCUUUUCUUAAGGAUUCGUUGAGGGGAAACACUUAUAAAAGGAAUGAAAGAACAAACUUGGAAAUGGGUUUUAGGUUUAAUAUAUAUAUUAUUAGUUGCAUCCAUAUGGAUUGCUGCUAGUUUUGUGGUUCAGUCAGUAGUAGAUGCGGGUGUUUCCCCAUUUUUAGUAACGUACAUUUGUAACUCAUUAUUUGUGGUGUAUAUUCCCCUGGUUGAAAUUGGACGUUAUUUGGAGGAUAAGUAUGGAAGUGUUUUGUUCUGGAAAAAAAGAAGGGAUUGUAGUUCUCAAGAACUGAGAGAAUCUGAGGAGGUCAUUCUUCUAGGGGAUGGUUUUGAAGUUGAUGCUCCAUGUUCAAGUGUUGUUGCAGAUGUUAAAGAGGCCGGUGGAAUAAUAGUUUCGGGAGAAGAUUUGAUUGAGAAACACACCGAUAUUGGCCUGGAUGCAAAAGGGCGCUGGACAAGGACUAGAGUUGCAAAAGUUAGCCUUUUGAUCUGCCCAUUCUGGUUCUUGGCACAGCUCACUUUUAAUCUGUCACUCAAGUACACAACAGUUACGUCCAAUACCAUCCUAAGUACGGCAUCCAGCUUGUUUACCUUUCUGGUAUCCGUUGUGUUCUUGGGAGAGAAUUUCACAUGGGUGAAGCUGCUUAGUGUUCUGCUUUGCAUGGGUGGAACAAUCAUUGUAAGCUUGGGUGACUCGAAAUCCGGAGCAUCUGUUGCCUCUUCAAAUGCAGUUCUUGGAGACAUACUUUCUCUUCUCUCAUCAGCCUUAUAUGCUGUUUAUAUAACCCUUAUUCGUAAGAAGUUGCCUGAUGACGACGAUGAAAAAAGUGGCCGUGUUAGUAUGGCACAGUUUCUUGGUUAUUUAGGUCUAUUCAACCUUUUGCUUUUCUUACCAGUGUUUCUUAUACUUAACAUUGCCAAACUGGAACUAUUUACGGCUAUCACCUGGAAGCAGCUUGGUCUCAUUGCUGGAAAAGGAUUGCUCGAUAAUGUGUUGAGUGAUUACCUGUGGGCAAAAGCCAUCCUUUUGACUACAACUACAGUCGCAACAGCUGGGCUAACAAUUCAGGUCCCAUUGGCUGCCAUUGUGGAUUCACUUACAGGAAAUUCACCUGCUCUUACGGAUUAUAUUGGAGCAACUGCUGUAAUGAUGGGUUUUGCCGGCAUUAAUAUACCUUCAAAUGCAUGUUCUAAAAUUGAAGAAUCAAAUAUUGAAUUAGAAGGUGGAAAUUCUCUGCCCACCCAACAAGAUCAUGCCACGCCCCUGUAGAUGAAGAACUGCAUGCUAUUUGUUAAUAGUGAUCUGUUGUUUUGUGUUUUUGAGUGAAAUGCCUAACAUUUUUUAAUGUCAUUGUGGACAAGGGAUUUGAGGAACACAUUUGAUUCUCGCUGUUGCCUGUUGGUGUUAUGUACAGAAACUAUGAAGCACUAUGAGCAAAUGAAAUUUUGUUUCACGGGCGGUAAAAAUAAAUAGUAGUCGUAUAGACAUGGUUUCAGGCAAGAACUGGAUUAGGUUCAUUAGCCUUUUACUCAAAAACACGAGUCCAAUUGGUUCAGGUCUGACUCGUUCCAACUUCCAAUCAUUCUUAAGGUAUGACUCAGAGUCCAAUCAAUAAAAUUGCUCUUUCCC